AUGACCUUUCAAAAAUGGGAUCAACUCUUACCAGGAUGGGAAUCUAGUGGAUACGCCAACCAUUAUGAUACUGGAGACAGCAAAAGCAUCAGAAACUGCACUAAGGCUAAUUGGGUAACCGGUGGAGGCUAUAUCAUAUCUGCUGCUUCUCGCUCUUGCUAUUCUAUGCUAACUUAUUCAGUUGAUUUAAUAGAAGCUGGCAGCGUCGAAUUUGAAUACAAGAUAGAAGAUGAUAGAGUUACGCUUGUUGUCGAGACUAAAAGUAGUGAAAAAUGCUUAAAAUCUAAAAAUACUGAACGAGCGUACAUUACAAAGACUGGUAAUGUUUGGAAGAAGAAAACGCUUCCUCUUCCAGCAGGAAGAUCUGUUAUAAUUUGGGAUACAGGUAUUGUAUACUAUGUUACUGAAAAGACUAAAGUUCCUCCGGUUUACAUAAGAUACGUCAAGAUUACAGGGGUGCCAUAUACGUAUGAGUGUAUGUCUUGUCCGGCUGGUACCUACAGCGGGGAGGGUGCUUCUUAUUGCUUACUCUGCCCAGACAACACUUACUCUGAAGGAAAUACAACUAAGUGUAGCAGUUGUGACAGCAAAAGCGAAUAUGCUGAAAGAGGAGCCACAAAAUGUGCGAAGAGGCCAGCCUGUAAAGAAGAGGAUUAUUUUGAAACUUUUACAGUAUGCGAUGGCAAUAAACAGACUCAAAAAAUGUACAAGUGGAACGAACCUAAGCUAUGCCGUGAAGAUUUGAAAGGCGCUGUUACAUUGCCAGCUUCAGGGGAAAAAAUAAAGUGUCAACUAUGUAAUCCAGGAACAUUCCUGAAAGGCAACCAUUGUGAAAUUUGUCCUGCAAAUCAAUAUGGAGAUGGUGAAAGUGGUUGUUCCCCUUGUCCACCAUCCACAUCAGCUAUUCGUGGCCAUUACUAUCAAUGGUGGUCGGCUUUACCAUCCAAUGUGACACUUUCAUGUGUAUCACCUUACACUCAAGGUUGUGCCACCAUGGAUGGCUGGCGUUUACGUAAUACCUACAUUGAUAGUGGUGUUGGGCAUGAUGGUGAUACCUAUCUAGAACUGGUUCUAAAAGUUAAAGGAUUUGCCGAGCCGGAAGUCAACAGCGGCUUAAAACAAGGAGAAUUUGGUAAACUUACCUUUGUCUUUGAAACAAGAUGCCAAGGAUCAUGCAAAUUAUCGUUGUACAUGGCUGGUAAACAUCACUUUAAUGGAGAACUUUCUAGUUGGCAUGGAGCUCAGAGUAAACAAACUUACAGUUAUAUUGUCACAGAUCCUCACGUAAACCGAUUUAUUUGGGAGUUUUCUAGAGAUAACAACGCCGAUAAUAGCAAUAAAGAUGAUAGGGUUAUAAUAUACAGCAUCAAUGUCACCAAUACUAUAGAUGGCGGAGCUUACCGUUGCAAUGCAUGUCCAGUUGGAACUAAGGACUCUAGAUGUAUACCUUGUCCGAAAGGCCAGUAUAUCAAUAAUGCAACUAAGAACUGUGUUAAAUGUCCAAAAAAUACAUAUUUAAAAAAUAAUCAGCUAUCUGGAGCUGCUGCUUGCGAAAAAUGUGGACCUGGAACUUUUAGCCCACAAUUAGUUGAAACCGGUCCUUCAUUUACCGCCGAAGGAACAAACUAUCACCAUGUUUUCAAUGUCUCCUUAUGCGGAAAGACAUCAACCUGUCGCACCAAUUUUUCUGCGGCAAUAAGGGGCUCUCAUAGGGAUCGCGAAACUUACUUAGACGCUUCCAUUUGCCGCAGCACCAUUAUACACUGGAAGGACAACAAGAAAAUUGCUGCUCAACCUAUCUCAUUGGGAAAUUAUUUAGCGGGCAUUUCUUCUAAAAAUAUAUUGGGUAACGUUAGUUUCCGAGGUUUUGAAGAAAAAGCUGAUAAAUCUAGUGGAGUAAAGGACAUUCAUUAUUUCUUCAAGAAUAAUGCUCCCACUCGGGCAUGCCCUAGAGGACGAUCAGUUGUGAUUGCAUUACGAUGUGAUGCCACAGCAGGCUCCACAGGAAUUAUUAAACUACCGACAAAAUGUCCUAGCGGAACAUGCGAUGGAUGCAACUUCAACUUUUUAUGGAGAACUAAGUAUGCCUGCCCAAUUUGUCAGAAGAAGGAUUACACUAUAAUUCAUUCUAAAUGCCAGAAUAGUACAAAAACUACACAUUAUGUAUGGAAGCACCAGCCAAAGAUAUGCCGAGAUGGCGUCAGCCUGCCACCAAAAAAAGAACAGAAAUGCACUAUUAUGGAAAGAACGAUAGGAGCUGCUGUUCAGGACUUUAAAAUUAUUAUCAUUCUGGUCGCUGUCGCAGCUGUGGUCCUUAUACUUGCUUUAGUUGGAUUAUAUCUAAGGAAUAGGAAGCUUUCCCACAGAUAUGUUAAAUUACAACAGAACUUAAAUACCAAGGAUAGCGAGAUGCCUGCACCAGAAACGUGUGUUAUUGACGACGAUGAUGACGAAGAGGAAAUAAUCUUCAAUAAUGGAAGAGGCAAGAAAAAUCAGCAAACAUUCAAGGAUAAUCAGGGCCAUCAUGACGAUGCCUUCGAUACGGUAUUACUGGAGAAAGGAAACAAAGAUACAAAUAAGAUGAUAUAA